AUGGAGACGGUGCCCAGUGCUGGCGAGGCAGCACAGAACGGGAGUCGUCGCUGGAGGGAGCGGAAGACAUCAAGUCAGCGUCCCAGCAGGAUCCUGACGUUGACACGACUGCCCCUGUCAUCCGUUGCCCUGGGAAGGCCCCCGGCGGCUUUCGGUCUGGGGCUCUUCCCAGUCAUGCGAGCGUUUGUGUACAGCUUCUGUGUGGACUUCAGCCUCCAUUUCCCCGGGGAGAACUGCACGAUCCUCGGGGAGCUGGUGAGGCUGCAGGCCCAGAAGUCCUGCCUGCUGGGGUUCAGCACGCGUGCCGACUCCGUGCUGGAGAUGAACAUGGCCAAGACCAGCCAGGUGGUGGCCACUUUCCUAGAUGAGCUGGCCCACAAGCUGAAGCCCCUCGGGGAGCAGGAGCCCGUGAUCCUGGAGCUAAAGAAGGCCGAGUGCCAGAGGCGGGGCCUGCACUCUGACGGGCCCAUCAACACCUGGGACCUGCACUACUACAUGAACCAGGGGGAGGAGACGCGCUACCACGAGGACCAGUACCUGCUCAAUGAGUCCUUCCCCAUGCAGGUGGUCACGCGCGGGCUGCUGGGCAUCUCCCAGGAGCUGCUGGGGCUGACCUUCGACCUGGAGGAGGGCACCAACGUGUGUCACGAAGACAUGAGGCUCUACACGGUCCGGGACGCGGCCUCGGGCAAGGUCUUCAUCGGCAAGUUCUACCGGGACCUCUACCCUCGGGAAGGGAAGUCCGGGCACGCGGCCUGCUUCGGCCUGCAGCCGGGCUGCCUGCCGCAGGAUGGGAGCCGCCAGAUCGCCAUCGUGGCCAUGGUGGCCAACUUCACCAAGCCCACGCCCGACCCGCCCUCCCUGCUGCAGCACGAUGAGCUGGAGACCUACUUCCACGAGUUCUGGCAAGCGAUGCACCAGCUCUGCUCCCAGGUGGGUGAGGGCGCGGGGCUGCGGGCAGGGGCCGGGGAGGGCCCGGGAGCGCGUGGUCCUCAGGCAGGCCCUCACCACGGGAUUCUUCCGCUCAUGUCACCCCGCACGUGGCGACGCCCUCGGUGUCAGCUUCCAUCAUCAAAGCCUACGCACUGGAUGCAGUUGCCUUUAAAAAAGAAAAAAGAAAAGAAAGGCACGUUGCCUGCGAGUCUGGUGACAGCCGGUGAUGAGAACCAGAGGGAAGGCUCUGGGGCCGGGGGCACCGCACCCUGUGAGGCCUUGGCGCUGCUGCCAGUCUCGGUGGGGCACGGGCAGCACCGUCCCACAGGGGCUGCCGGACAAGCUCAUCAAGUCCGGCAGGCCAACCCAGGUGCGGCCGGGCGGAGGGAAGGGAAGGGGGCGCCCGGACCGCCCGGCUGGAAAGCACGGCCUGGACACAGUGCCAUCCCCCCGUCUCCUUCCUCCCGCCCCCCAGGCCUCUUCAACCUGCGCCAGAUCGUCCUGGCCGACGUGGACCAGGCCCUGCACACGCAGACGCCCGCGGACCUGGCCCAGGAGAAUGCCCGCCUCUGCCAGGAGAUCCUCGGGGGCCCAGCCAUGCCAGGGACCCACCUGCCUGCGACCCUCGGCCGCCUGGCAGGAAGAUACAACGCCCAGUCCUAUGGCUACCUGUGCAGCGAGGUGUACUCCGCGGACACGUUCCACACACGCUUCAAGCAGGAGGGCGUCCUGAGUGGCAAGGUUGCCAUGGACUACAGAAGCUGCAUUCUGAGGCCAGGCGGCUCCUAGGAUGCCAAGGGCAUGGUGAAGCUCUUCCUGGCUUGCGACCCCACGCAGGAUGCCUUCCUCCUGAGCAAAGGGCUGCAGGUUGAGGGCUGCAAGCCGCCGGCCCGCUGACGGCACGGGGUUCUGUCCACCCAGGCGGGCCCGGUGCCUUAGCGCCCCACCGGGGCGGGGGAGGGGCCGCGUGUCCUCCCAGCCCCUGAGUCCCUGGCCGCCGGCCUCGGCCAAAAGUCUCCACCUGGAC